AUGGGCAUUGGAUGCCCCAUGAAGAUUAUCGCACGGGCCGUGGAUGCUAGCACUCCUGUCGGUCCAUGGCAAAUUGUGCACACACGCAACGGCAGUCGCCUACCCAACAUCCUCCUUCAGAGGACGCUCGAGUUCAUCCAGGUCACCGGCAACGUGCUGCUACUGCUGUAA